GCCCACAGCCUUCAGCCUUGGGUGGAGUGUGGAGGGUUCCUGGGGUGGCCAGGGUGUGGGGAGGUAGGAUGUGUCCUGGCCUGGUGGUAGGGGACCCGGUGGGGCCUUCAGAGCAGCGGUGCCAACUCCUAGCCCCACGGACACCUGGGGACACACCUGCCUGCCUUCAGGAAAUCGAGGCCCCCACCCGGUGAUGGCAGCUCCACUGGGACACGGUUGCCGAGCCCUCCCCACCCUGCACAGGGCGGGGGUGGGAAGCAGGCGGGGGUUGGGAAGCAGGGUCCCUGUGGUGGGGCCAGGGUGUCUCCUGGGAGCCCUAUGCCAGAGGGAGGCUGGGUGCAGGGCCCAGGAGCCUGAGCCAGGUGUCCUGAGCCGAGGCACGUGCCAACAGACCCAGGUGAGCUGCAGUGAGGCGUGGGGGCUCUGCUGCCCUGGGACCCCGCCUUGGGGCCUCCGUGCUGCCUUGUCAGCUCAGCCUCUGCCAGCAAAGCUCUUCCCUUAAUGGAAGAGGAGUCCCAGGGGUGGCGGGGAGAGGACGGGGCCUGCUCUUCCUGCUGGCCGGGGGUGGAGGCCGCCGCGGUGCUACCUGGAAGGGCUGUCCUCCCCCUCUUCUUCCCCCGACCCCACACGCCCGCCCGGGAGCUCAGGCCCUCUGUGGUCAGGGCCCUCCUGGGGGGCCGGAGCCCUGCCUGCCACUGUGGGACCUGGGCCAGUCCUGCUCUCCCCGGGUCCUCAUUUCCCAUCUGCACCACGUGGGGUGGCACAGGGUAAGGUCCCUAGAUGUGGCCUGGCAUGGGGAGGGAUGAAUGGAAAUGUGGGAGGCCCCUCAGACCUCCCCUGCUGCCUGCGCCCCUGGAGGAUCCCCCAGGUGAGCAUGUGAGUGUCACAGCCUGGAGGGGGUGCAGAGAGCCAGCCCGUGGCUUCUCUCCCCUGGGAUGAGCUGAGAGCUGGCAGAUGGUGUGGCUGGCCCACCACGGCGGACAGCACAGUGUCCCCCAGGGGUGGCAGGGGCUCUGCCUCCAGCUCCCGGGCCUUUCUCUGAGGACUUCGGCAUCCAGGCCGGCCUGUGGGGUGGGGAUGGUGGCAAAUGUUCAUUUCUGAACAAAAGCCCCGACGUGGGGAACCACAGCGUGCCUGAGCCCUGGGGAGUGUGUGGCUCCCUGUGGGUGGGGUGCAGCCAUGGUCGGUUGGGGUCCCUGCCUGCCCAGUGGUGGGUUCCAGGCAGCUCCAGUGCUGUUGGGGGUGGGUGGACCUGUCCACCAGGUAGCGCAGGCCUGGCUCUGUGGGACCUGUGCAGCUGCUGGGUCCCAGCUGGUGGUGGGUGGCCGGGCGGCCGGGCCUCUGUGUGGAGAGGGCUCUCGGGGGCAGGGAUGUAGCAUUGGCAGCUCAGGGCUGCAGGGGGCAGGUGGAAGUCAGGAGGCCCCGCAGGGGUACGGGAGUGAGAGUGUGAGCCGUGGCCCUGGCCCAACCAGGACCAGCCGCCUCAUUGCCGCUCCCACGCAGCCCUGUGGGGUCACAGCCUCCUCCUGGAUUCCUCCCCGUCCUCUGGCAAACUCUGCUCACCCGCAGGACCCAGCAUGGUGCCCUGGGCAGGUGACCCCUGGCAGGGGCUGUUGUGCCCUCCCUGCCUUGGACACUGGCCUCAGGGUGGGCCUUGGUUACUGGGUGGGGGCCGGUCUCCUCAUUUCUGGGCCCUGGGGGCCCUUGGAGAGCUGCUAGGGUCAGGGGUGAGGGAGCGGAGGACAGAUGAGGCUGUGGAAAUGAGACCACUGUGUAAGGAAACAGCACAGUGAACCACGCAGGUCGUAAGUGAACAGACUCGUCAGCCCUGGAAACCAGCCUCCCAGUCACAUGGGACAUCCGCCAGCCCAGAGGGUCCUGAGGCUGUGCUGGCUGCCUGCGUCCCUGUCUCUGGACAGAGUCCUGGCCCCUGCAGGGACCCAGACCCCCAUCCUGUUCCAAGGACGUGGCCAGCAGCCCAGCCAUCUGCCACACAAAGGCACGUGGGCCUGGAGGAAGCACAAUCCCUGCCCGAGGCCUGACCAGGAGGCUCAGGGGGGCUGUCCAGACCAGAAAAGAGGAGCAGGGCCGGGAAUGCAAGGGCCUCAGCAGCGUCUGCACACGCCAGCACUGGGGGACGGCGCCCCGAGCCUCUUGGCUGGGAGGCUGUGGCGUGCUGGGCGUCGGCAUCUGGCUGGCGGCCACACAGGGGAGCUUCGCCACGCUGUCCUCCUCCUUCCCGUCCCUGUCGGCCGCCAACCUGCUCAUUGUCACCGGCACCUUUGUCAUGGCCAUCGGCUUCGUGGGCUGCCUGGGUGCCAUCAAGGAGAACAAGUGCCUCCUCCUCACCUUUUUCCUGCUGCUGCUGCUGGUGUUCCUGCUAGAGGCCACCAUCGCCAUCCUGUUCUUCGCCUACACGGACAAGAUUGACAGGUACGCCCAGCGAGACCUGAAGAAAGGCCUGCACCUGUACGGCACACAGGGCAACGUGGGUCUCACCAACGCCUGGAGCAUCAUCCAGACUGAUUUCCGCUGCUGUGGCGUCUCCAACUACACCGACUGGUUCGAGGUGUACAACGCCACGCGUGUGCCUGACUCGUGCUGCCUGGAGUUCAGUGAGAGCUGCGGGCUGCAUGCCCCCGGCACCUGGUGGAAGGCGCCCUGCUAUGAGACAGUGAAGGUGUGGCUGCAGGAGAACCUGCUGGCUGUGGGGGUCUUCGGGCUGUGCACGGCGCUAGUGCAGAUCCUGGGCCUGACCUUCGCCAUGACCAUGUACUGCCAGGUGGUCAAGGCAGAUACCUACUGCGCGUAGGCCACCGGAGACCUGCUUUUCUGCCACAGGACGCCCAUGGGGAGAGGGCUGUACCCACAGCUGCCUUUCCCACCACCGGCCUUGGUGCUCUGCCCCAUGCUGGGAGGGAGGGGAGGGACAGAUGCCUGGAACCUGUUUCUGGAAGGCCCUGGCUUGGGUGCCUUCGGGGCCUCCGGACCCCCCCCACCCCAGGGGAUGGCCACAGACUGGCUGCAGAACCCAGGGCAGGGGUGGGAGGGGCUUCCAGCAGUUUUUGUAUGUAUGAUUCUCCAGAGCGGUGUUCACAUGGGAGCCAGCCUGUGGCCCCUGGCUUCCCGGGACACAGGAUGGGGCUGGAGGGGCCAGGUCUCAGCAUCCUGGAGGUGGCCCCAUCCUGGAGGUGGUCCUGGUGCUCCAGGCUGGGCCGCGGGCCCCUCACCUACAUUCCACAGUGGCCAUGGGACUCAUGGUGCAUCUCUUAAUAAAGUGUGAGCAGCCCCCCA